CAGCACGCCGUCAUCCUACGGAGCUGCUCCUUGGUACGAAUAUUGUUUCAAUGGUCACGGCUGACACCCCGGCGCAAGGGACUUCCAAACCUCUCAUUUCACGUCUGUAGUGGCUUUGCUACAGUAAUAACGGUGUUUGUUUCUAUUUUGUUUUGGAUUGUACUCUAUAUUUAGAGUUGGUGAUAACAUUUGGAUUGGGCAACUGCGUUACUGUGCGCCUAUGGAUAUAGCAGUCGCUUUCAACAUCAGAACUCUCAGACCAUCCAGGUUAUGCCCUUUUCUUUGGACGUGAAAUCAGUGGGAGUCAUCAAACCACUGAACCCCAUAAUUUGCUCUCUGUUGUUCCUACUGCACGUAGCAUAUAUAUUUAUUCGUUCGUUUAUAUUCUUACUGCAAUUCUACCAUGGAAGAGGACAGCGUGUUAUCCGAUUUUAAGGAUAUUGAGAAAAAGUUGGGUCGCAAAGUUCCUGAAAGUCUCAUUCGUUCCCUGGCGGGAGGAAAUCACCAUCACGACAAACAUGAGGAUAGAAAACCGGCGACACCGAAGAACCGGUCGAACUCUGCUGACUUAAAACGACUGGAGAACAAGAUGUUAUUUUUGAAACAGGAAAUGGCCCACCUCCGUGCCAUCGAUGUCAAGCUGAUGCAGCAGCUUAUGUCAAUCAACGAGGGCAUCGAAUCCAUCAAAUGGGUGAUGGAGGACAAGGGGGGCAUAGCCAGUCGUGAAAGCAGCCUGACGGGCAGCCUGUACAGCUUAACGGACAGCGAGGAUGACACCUCUUCACGCGGCAGCAUCACCAGUCUGCAUGAUGGAAACAGUGAUGGACUGGACGGGAUAUCCGUGGGCAGUUAUCUGGAUACGUUGGAUGAGUUAGCCGAGGACCUUCCAGACCACCCUUCUCCAACGGACCUUGAUCCUUUCUCAGAUAAACCAAUUAUAGAGGACAAGACUUUCAGCAAGCCACCAAUGCGACUCAAAGUGGAUUCCGAUGAGUACUAUUGCUUUGGAUAGCGAUGCGUGGCUAUGGGGCUAAUACCAACGCAGGCAAAGACCACAGGGUUAUUUUACCUAGCAUUGUCAAUGAGUUGGCAUGGUAAUAGUUCAUUAGAAAUGUUUCAUAAGUUGUCUAGUUCAUUGUGUUCGCUGUGUGAAAUAUAGCGCAUGGAUGUUUCCCUUGAUGAUCUGUGUUAUUUUCCUGCUGCUAAGUGUUCUACAGUGAUGUCACAGUGACAUUUAAGUGGGUUUACAAGGGGCAAAUACUCAGUUGUGCUAUUUUGUAUCUUAAAACCAAAUUCCUUUUUGUCUUUGAUGCAUUUACAACUCACUAAACCCAAAAAGUAAUGCUAAGUAGUGCACUCUCAUCCUCAUCAUCUUUGGUGUUGCGUUCGAGUGCUCUCACCAAGACCCUCCCCUUGAAUCCUCCAGGAGCGUUGAGGCGACACUUUGAGUGGGAAUCUAACUUACAAAUGUAACCUUUAAGAAGUAUUUUGUUGUUUGUUUUGAUGUUUAAACGACACGACUGAAUUGGCAAAAAUGUGAUGUGUUUUUCACAAAAUGUUCAUUCAGUGCACUCUGACUGUACUCCUAAGAGUCUGAUACCUCAGUGUCUUGUUUUCUUUUUCACUUAGAUACCAUGUCUUUGGUUAGCCGUUCAUCCAUCUGAACUAAGUUAAUGUAGUAGAUAAGGAAUUUGUGGUAAUUUGGAGCAUUAGGGGUUCCAUGCGGAGACAUCGGCUGGACUGGUUUAAUGGGGCAGAAAUACUGUUUUCCCUCAUCUAGAGGUUGUAUCAUUCAAGUGCAAUUUGCGAACAUGCCAAAUCACUGUAUUUUAGCUCAUCUACUAAAUAUGAAAGCUAUCAAAAUAAAACAUUGAUUUUGACAGUUAUAUGCUUACAUAUUAAACAUUGGACAGGUACAUUUGUUCUUGCUUGCUUUUUUAUUUAGACAAACGGCAGUCAAAUCGCCAUGCCGACAGGGUUAUUAUUUUACUAUUUUUGCUUUGUUUUACCACAAGAGAUUAAUUGCAAACCAGUUACAAAGCGGAAAUAUUUAAGUUCACAACACUCGGUUAAUUGAAUUACUAGAUAGUAUUUGUUGUUCACGGUUUAUAACUUAAUGUUGAACUAGUCAACUAGUUAAUGACUGGUAACUGACAAAAGUCAAGUACAAAAGUAAUGCCAUUUAUUUCUGUUCAAUGGUGAUUUAGCUUUAAAUUCCACUUUCUGUGUUGAUUCACAUUAGUGUUGUUUCAUGCAGCCUACUUUUUAAUAUUGUAAUUUAUUGUUUUUAUUGGUGUUGUUGAAAGGUUUGUUGGGGAAAAUAAAUAAUAUAUUGUGAUACUCUU